CGAAACUCCACAUUGUUAAUUGUGAAUCAUGAAAAUGUACGGAAUGGGAUUAAAAUUCUGGAUAUUUGUUUUUUGUUAUGACUUUACUGUUGUUGCAGCAAGGCAGUGUUUGACGAUAUUUCCUAAAGGCAAUGUAAUCGUCGCGGCUGGUGAAAACCUACAAGUGAACUGCUCAGUUAAUAUGACACACAUGAGCGAUUGUUUUGAUAAUUUUGCUAUCAAUGAUGUUUCGGUUUAUAAGGGGAGUAGGCAAUUUGGAACGAAAAGUUUAACUCAUUUUGAAGAAAGUAAAUCAGUUGCACUGACGAUUCAUCAAACAACCUUUGACGACAGCGGACUUUACAGCUGUGUUUAUAACAGUAAAAUAUACUCCUCUGUGAAUAUAAGUGUUGGAGAAAGCCCAGGAGCGCCAACGGAUUUAUUUUGCGUUUCCUUGUUUGAUUAUAGAGUGUUGGCAUGUUAUUUUAAAUUGAGUGAAACAAAUAUCCCUACAACUACGAUUAUGAAAUUCCGAAGGAAGGGGGAUAAGUGGAGGACUUUAAAAAGAUCAAACUGUAACAUUGCAGAGGGGAGGUGCUGGUUAGGUAGCAUAUUUGAUGAACAUGAUGAACCUUCUAAGUUCACUAUUCUGAGAGGUGUUAAUUAUAAAAUGCGCGUUGUGACACGAAAUAAACUUGGCAAGAACUCAAGUGACAUAAAGAUUAAGGAUAUUCAUGACAUAGUUAGACCACGUCCCGCCGAAAGCGUACAUUUUACACAUGUGACUAGUACUAGUGUUUCACUUCACUGGAUAUGCCCAGAAGGACUCAGAUAUAGAGAUUUAACAUUGGUUCAUAUAGACUAUAGAAUUACAGUAGCAUCGGACUUGCACAAAGAAGAAUAUUAUAAAAAUAACAGCUUAAGAUGUGCCGAACACAUGGUUAUAGCUGGCCUAAAACCUUCCACCCAUUACACUGUUACUGUUCAGGUCAAACCUUCAGCCGCUACUAGAGAUAUAUACUGGAGUAUCAUCAGAACCAAAGUUUCAUUUGUCACUAACAGUACAGACACCCAAAAAUUUGACGUGAAGUUUGCGGCUGUUGCUGAGGUUGCCGGAGCGACGGUGUCUGUAGUGGUAGUUUGUUGUCUAGUUGUUGUAUUAGCAUUUUAUGGGCGGAGAAAGUAUACAGUGUUUAAAGAUAGAAACAGGAUUGCAACUCCGGAUGAACAUAAUGACAAGAUAGGGACUGACUUUAUUGUACUUGAAGAUGACCAGGAGAACAUAAGUGACAGUGGGAAUUUCUUGUCUUUUGCCGGAAAAAAGAAGUACAUCAUCUGAUAGUACUGAAAAACUCUUGAAGAAAAAUGUUAACAACAAUCACUCAAAUAAUACAACAAUCAACGGCAACUGUAUUCUAUCAAAGAAGGUAGGUCACCAGUUAACCAAAAAAUGAAAAUGAUUGCAUAAAAGCGUGUGACGAUAAAAUAUGCAAUGAUAGUGUCCACCUUGUGACAAGAGAAAGAAAUAGCGUUUUGAUACCGGGGCUAAAUAAAGAAAAUAAUGUCUCCGCUUUGCCAGAAGAAGAGAAAAAGGAUUUGAUACCGGGUAUAAAUGUACAAGAAUUCGUCUCCAUUUUACCCGGAGAAGAAAAUAACGUUUUGAGAACAGAACAAAACAUACAAGAUUACGUCUUCACUAUGCCUGGAGAGGAAAACAAUGUUUUUUGAUACUGGGAAAUUUGAUGUCCAUGAUUACGUCUCCACUAUGCCUGGAGAGGGAAACAAUGUUUCGAUACCGGGAAAAUGGUGUCCAUGAUUACGUCACCGCUAUGCUUGGUGAGGAAAACAAUGUUCCGAUGCCGGGAAAUGGUGUCCAUGAUUACGUCUCCUCUAUGUCUGGAGAGGAAAACAAUGUUUCGAUACCGGGAAAUGAUGUUCAAGAUUACGUCUCCGCUUUACCAGAACAAGAGGAUGAUGUUUUGAUGCCAGGACAUAAUGUGCUAGAUUACGUCUUCGACAUUCCAGAGGAAAAUAACGUUUUGAUUCCUGGAAACUAUGUACAUGAUUACGUCUAUGCCAUGCCAGGGGAAGAAAAUGAUGAUAGCACAACGCAAAUUUAAAUAUCCAGCAAUAACUUUAUAAAGGCUUGACGAGCCGCAGAAGAAUUAGCAACAGAUAUCAUAUGUUUUAUUACCAAGUCUUAUACAAAUUGAGAGAAACUUAUAAAAUUAAGGCUGUAGCAGCACCUAAAGUUAUACGUUUAAUAUAUAACAGGAACGUUAUACGUUAAUUAUUGAUAUACCUGUGUCCAAAUAAUGAACUGAUCUAAAGUUAUAUACUAGUAUAAAACACAAUUGUACGAAUGUUAGAAGGAACAGAAAAUUGUUAUUAGUUAAAAAAAAUGUGGAAAAUGGGCAACCCCUCGAAAAAAAACAUUCUUAUAUGAAAAUUGCAGACUCGGUUUAAUGGGGAUUGUACGUGAGGGACGCACGAAGUUUAAAAGAUUGCACAAUGUUUGGUCUUGCUGGAUUUGCAUGGAUCCGUUAGCAGAUUCUAAUUGGCAGCAAGCUAGCUUUUACAACUCAACAUAAGAGGGCCGCGUGUAGUUAUCAUGUUUACUUAGUAUUGAACUGCGAUAAAAUAUUUAGAAAAAAAUAUGAAAGUUCUAAUUGCGUAUAAUGGAAGGGAUAGAUUUGGGCUUAUGCGAUAUUGUUUUAAGUAAUAGAAAUAGGUCAAUAUUACACUCUCUGUAUUAUUUCAUUUUCUUGUAUAUUAUCUUAUGUUAUCAUAUGUAUACGUAAUGUUUAUUUUGCUUCUGAAUUGUUUUUUACUAUUAAUUUAAGAAUUUAUAAACCGAUAUAAAUAUCUUUAUCAUUCACAAUAUGUGCAUGUUUAUAUAAUUAUAUUUACAUGCGAUGUGUCAAUAAAGCAAAGUUCAAAUAAUUUUCUUCUAGAGUAAUUCAAUAUGUUCUGGCACUGGGUUCCAAUUUUGUAACUGUUACGUUUUAAUUGUUUUCUAUUUCAAACCUUCAAAGUAUUCCCCCUCUUCCGAAAUGCAUAUUUUUAUCUCUAUCCCUGGGAAAAAACACAGGUACUUCAGUCAGAACAAUGAGGCGGAUUGUUUACAACUUUAACAAUUUCAGACGCCAAGAAAGACUAAACAAUCUGUUUUUGUGUUAUGUAUAAGAUAGACUACUGGUCAUCUUUUUCAUAAACCUUUCU